AUUCUUAAUUUUCAAAGUGAAUAUCAGAUUUUGUUGGGCAUAUGCUAAAUCUGGUGUGGCUCUAAGUUUCUAACAUGGUCGGAUAUCAAAACCAGCCCACCUGAUCAUCUUUUUUCUCCCACUUAUGGGGCCCCAACCAGUGAAAACUGAGAUCGUCUUAUUUCCACUCAUCUCCCAUUACUGUUACCGUCUCAAAUUCCUCUUCCCUACUUCGUUCCUGCUCUCCUCGGUCUCCUCAGCUGCUGCGGAGGUGAAGAAGUUUCAGGCCUCUGCAAUCUCCAUGCCAUAACCAAGCAGAGGUACCUUCGUCUCAUCAAUUCUUCACCUUCUUCUUGAUCUUGCCUCUCCCUCAUCUCACCCUUGUACGCACCAGAAAGCACAAACCCACCCCUCUGUUUUCAUCUUUCUCCUGAUUCCUGCCACGCCACUAUCCAUCAGGUACUCUCCUCAAGACCCACUAGAUUCCCCACACUCCAUUUUCCGCCCUCUGCGUUAUUUUGCUUUUCUAUGUGCUGAGAUGCCCGUGUUUUCUCCCCGCCGACUCCUUUGUCAGAAGUGGUCAAAACUAUCCCCGCACGCAUCUUGGGAGUUUCGAGCUCAGCGCAUAGUUCAAAUGAGUGCGGCUUCUGAUCUGCUCGUAGAUCGGCAAACCAGAGGUUUUUAAGGUUUCUCCUUGGUUUUAUCUCGUACCAUUAUCCGGGUCGGUUCAGUUUCUGCAGUUUGAGCAGAGAAAUUGUAGUGGGUUUCUAGGGUUUAUGGAGAUUUAGGGCUAAUGUGGCAUCAAUUGGUAUUUUAGAUUCAAGGCUUGAAUUGGUGCAAAGUUUCAACUGCUUUCUGAGCUGCACAGUUUAUCUGCGUUUGAAACCCUUGCUACAUGCAUAUGGCAUCUUCGCAUAUGGAAUUAAUGUUCUACUUCUAAGGGUUUUGUGUUGAUCUAUUGUAAUUAGAGUUCUGCUUCUGUUUUAACGAGCGGUGAAAUUAGCUGGUUUUGAGAACCUUGCCACUUUUAUGGGGCAUCUUCAGAUAUGUAAUUAGGGUUCUAAUUAUUGGGGUGUUUGUGUUGAUUUGUUGUGGCUGUUUCUGUCAAAAUGUCUGCAAAUGGUCACUGUUUUGUGGAAUGGAAAGAGGAAUUUAUUUCGCAGGAACGGGGCAAUCGCGUGGUUCACUAUUUCUUGAAAGAUUCUGCUGGGGAUUCAACGCUUGCAGUUGUGGGCACUGAGAGGAGUGUUAGGCACAUGUUCUAUGUUGUAGCUGACGACUUCUUGAAGGCUUGUGGGCCUGAAAAUUCAGUGCACGCUGGCUUCAAAUGGAGAUCAAGGAGAGAAGUUGUGGAUUGGCUUACCUCUAUGCUUUCAAAGCAGCAUCUACCAAGAGAUCUGUCCAAGUUGCCAAAAAAUGAUACAACACAUGCUUUGGGAUCAUGCAAUCUUCCACCAAGUGCUCGAAGAACCAGCAUACCUGAUUACUUGGGCCGACUUGCUAGGGACUUAAAGGGACAUGAUUCAGACAUUGUGUGGUCAGGUAUUGCAUGGACAUGUGGAAAACAGCUCAAGCACUACCCAGCAUUUUGCAGGAACAGGACUACAAUAGCUAUUCAAUCCUUUGUCUUUGUCAUGGCUAAAGAUGAGGAUCACUACCUUGCAUAUCUGGAAGAUAUGUAUGAAGAUAGGAAGGGACAGAAAAAGGUCAAAGUGAGGUGGUUUCACUAUAAUCAGGAAGUCAAGGGUGUGGUUCCUUUACGAAAUUCUCACCCUAAAGAAGUUUUCAUCACACCUUAUUCACAGGUCAUCAGUGCAGAAUGCGUUGACGGCCCUGCUACAGUCUUAACUCCUGAACAUUAUGAGAAAUGCUUAGCUGCUUCUUCACAAGCUUCGUUGGCAAGAAUUCAUCUUUGCUUUAGACAAUUUAGAAACAACAAAGUGAAGCCCUUUGAUUUGAGCAAGUUACGUGGUUAUUUUGAUCAAGCUAUUCUCACGUGUUUGGAUCCAAAUCCUAUUUCCCACGAUCUGGCUGGUGAAGAAGAUGAAGAGUUUAGUAUUGGGGAAAAUGUAAAAUUAGGAGGUAAGAGAACCAGAAGUUGCAGAGCUCGUCAAAGAUUUGUGGCAGAGCAGACAGGUGCUAGACUCUUUGAACGAAAGGGCCAGGUGAUGACGCAUGAACCGGCAUUCAAGAACUUGAAAUAUGGUUUGUCAGGGAAAAGAUUAAUUUCCAUCAAGCCUGUUGAACCACGCCCUUGGCAUAUGCCACCUUUUAAGGUUGAUGACAAAAUAGAGUUUCUGUGUCAAGAUAGUGGCAUCCGAGGGUGCUGGUUCAGGUGUACAGUCCUGCAGGUUUCUCGGAAGCAGAUGAAACUCCAAUAUGAUGAUCUGCCGGAUGAAGAUGGAUGUGGCAAUCUUGAGGAAUGGAUCCCAGCUUGCAGACUGGCCAUGCCUGAUAAACUUGGCAUGAGAUGCUUAGGCCGCCCAACAGUCCGGCCAUUCCCUCCUAAUGAUCAGAUGGACCAUGCUUUUGAUGUUGGGUCCCCAGUGGAUGCAUGGUGGAGUGAUGGCUGGUGGGAAGGAGUCGUGGCUGGAGUUGGCAAUUGCAAAGACAAUAGUGUACAAGUUUUCUUCCCUGGUGAGAAAUUCUUCUUGAAUAUACACACAAAAAAUCUAAGAAUUUCCAGAGAUUGGGUGGGAGACCAGUGGGUCAAAAUUGAGGCAAAGCCUGAUAUUUCGUUGGCUAUAUCUGCAAUUAUUAGCCCAGAUACUAAGCUUUCCACAUCCUCAGCUGUGGCCAAGGAUGCCAAGUUUGAAGGCUUCUCUUCUCCAUGUCCCAAAGUUUUAAAUAGUACCAAAGUUGAUACCAUUGAAGAGGAGAAGCUUGAUUUAACUGCUUCAGAUGCCAAGUUUGAUGACUUUCCUGUGUCAUUUCGGAAAGCUUCUGUAAGUACCCAACCCAAAGCUGUCGAGGAGAAGAAGAAGCUUAGCUCGGCUGCUUUAACCAGCACCAAUGCCCUUUUGGAAGAGGGUGACUUAGUCAAUGAUGAGAAGCAGCAAUCAACGAGAGACGAAGGUAAUUUACACAAUCGUGAUCCCGUCGGUGACAGUCAUGGUGAAGACAAAAACAAUAUAGAUGAUGCCCACGAUGAUGAUACCAAUAAUAUUGAUGGUGGUAGUGGUGACGGCGGUGAUAACAGUGGGGAGAAAUUAGAGUAUGAAGCUACUGCACAGAACCAUGAAGCAGUGGAACUAAUGGAAGUGGUGGCAUAAGAUGUUUGAUAGAUUGUGUAAUGCCAUCUUCAUUAUCUUGAUAGUGACAUUUGAUUUGAAAGUGGGUAUGAAUGAUUAGUUGGGGUUCUUGUAAAUUAAGGUAUAGGGUUGAGGGUGGAGUAAAGCUAAUUUGAUAUAGGAGGCUUUGUAGGCGUAUAGCAGUAAGUGUCCAUUUCUAAUUACUCAUUUGGAAGAGCCUCAAAUCUGAUUUCAUUCAAUGCUUUUUCCUUUUGUAAUCACCAUGUGUUUUUGUGCUUGUAUAUUGUACCAAGAAAUUUGAGUCCUCUUUUAAUCGGUAGGCUUGCCAGAGUUGGUGCC